UGCACCACUGGUCUGAAAUCUGCUUAUCGACCAGACAGAAGAACAAGUCGCUGUUGACCAGCUGUUGUAUGAAAACAGCUGGGCGAUCAGGGCGAGAAGAGAUAAACAACAAUACAACGAAACACACAUUUUUCAUACACCAAAAGGCUUCCUCUGUGUGAGCAGGCAGGAUGGCAGGGGCGGAGGUCUAUGGCCCCGUUAACCCCUCCUGCAAGAUCAUGACCUUCAGGCCCACCGUGGAGGAGUUCAGAGACUUCAACCGGUACCUGGCCCACAUGGAGGCCCAGGGGGCGCACCGUGCUGGCCUCGCCAAGGUGAUUCCUCCUAAAGGCUGGCGUCCUCGGUGUAGCUAUGAUGAUAUUGAUGACCUGGUGAUCCACGCUCCUAUCCAGCAGAUGGUUGCUGGCCAGUCAGGCCUGUUCACUCAGUUCAACAUCCAGAAGAAACCGCUCAGCGUUAAGGAGUUCAGACGCCUCGCCAACAGUGACAAAUACUGUACUCCCCGCUACCUGAACUAUGAGGACCUGGAGAGGAAGUACUGGAAGAACCUGACCUUCGUAUCUCCCAUAUAUGGAGCUGACGUCCCCGGGAGCCUCUAUGACGAGGGUAUAGAGGAGUGGAACAUCGGCCACCUCAACUCCAUCCUGGAUGUGAUUGAAGAGGACUGUGGUGUUUCUAUCCAGGGGGUGAACACACCCUACCUGUACUUCGGCAUGUGGAAGACCAGCUUCUCCUGGCACACUGAAGACAUGGACCUUUAUAGCAUCAACUACCUGCACUUUGGAGAGCCCAAGUCCUGGUAUGCCAUCCCCCCUGAGCAUGGGAAGAGACUGGAGAGACUGGCUACAGGUUUCUUCCCCAACGGGUUUAAAGGAUGUGAGGCUUUUCUCCGUCACAAGAUGACCCUGAUCUCCCCUUCUAUCCUGAAGAAGUAUAGCAUCCCUUUCGACAAGAUCACCCAGGAGGCGGGAGAGUUUAUGAUCACCUUUCCCUAUGGGUACCACGCUGGCUUCAACCACGGCUUCAACUGUGCCGAGUCGACCAACUUCGCUAGUGUCCGAUGGAUCGACUACGGCAAGGUGGCCACUCAGUGUACAUGCAGUAAAGACAUGGUGAAGAUCAGCAUGGAUCCCUUUGUGAAGUGGUUCCAACCGGACCGCUAUGCUGUGUGGAAGCUUGGGAAAGACUGCUGUCCUCUGGACCACACCCGAGCCACGCCCGCCACCACCCCAGAACUGCAGAACUGGCUUCAGCGCAGCCGGGUCAAGACCCCUGUGAACAGCAGCCUCUCACACCCACGGACCAGAUCCAAGCGCCUGAGGACCAGCGAGGAGCCUGUCGCCUUGGAAGGGUGCUCUGUCCUGGCAAGGAGGAGGGGCCUCGGAGGCACCCUGGGUCCCAAGGUCCGGAGAGGCUGCAGGGCUGGGGAGGAUGAGGACGAUGAGGAGGAAGGAGAGGAUCAGACUGAGAAUACACUCCGGCUCCCUGGUCCUUGUCGGCAGAUGUGUGUGGUGAAAGUCAACAGAAUGGAAGUGGAGAGUGACCGGUUGGCCUUCCCCUGUCCUCCUGAACCUCUGCGCCCCUCGUCUUUCCCCUCUUCCGACUUCUCUUCUCGCCCCUCUCCCUCUCUGACCCCUGUCUCAGUGGACACCACAGAACAAGGGACAGGGGCGGGGACUCACCCCUCACCCCAUCUGCAUCCCACUAACCCCCCACAGAACCCCUCAGGGUCAGAGUUCGCAGAGGUCAUUAAAGGACCCCAUCAGAGGUCCGAGGCUGCCCCAACACCUUCCCGAUCAGAAAGAAGAGAAAUCCCCGGAGGACCGUUGAAGUCAGUAUGUAUAGAAUCGACUCCACUGGGACAGGUCCCCGAGGACUGCUCUGUGGAUGUCCACCCCUCUCCAGACCCCUUACGGACCAGGUUACCUUCCCCCAGAACGGUGCACCCGACUGGGGCUCAGGGGUGUACGGACUCGGCCUGUGGCCCUGGAGCUUUUCAAUCAAGUUCUUCUUGCGUAGAGAAGUCAUCUUUAAACCUAACCUCAACCCUGCAGCCCUCAGCCCCCGGCACUGAGUAUAAAAUGGAUACGUGUCAAGGUACUGCGGUUAAUACUACUACUACUACUACUACUACUACAACACACAGCAGUCACACCUCUGAAAGCAAAACACCAGCACUUUACAAUGACAUUGACACGAAUACUGACUCCGGGUCCAGAGGACGUGUUAUUUCUGGUUCUGGUCCAGAUAACUUGUUCAGGUGUGGUGAAAAAAACUGCACUCCCGUUGAAAACCGUUCCUCUCUCCCGAUGUGUACUACACACAACCGUGUCCCCAUACAAAACCCUUCCCUUCUUCCGAGGUGUAGUUUACGAGACUGUUGCCCUCCUUUCCUCCAGAGGAACAACGGGGUCGACAUGCCUUUCCUCACUCCAGAACUGUCUGGAGAGACGAGGUUCUGCCCGCCUCUGCCGCCCGUUCUCACCCAGGAGAUGCCCUCCCUCACACUCGCCGUCAGUGGAGGUCACGCCGAGAUCAAAGGUCCGAGGUCGUCGUCCUCCUCCUCGACUGGCCGACGCGUUGGUGCUCUAACCUUACCGGAUUUGCCGGGCAGUCACCCUGUCCUCGCCCCCGUGCUCCGACGCGAGACACCCACGACCCUCUCGCCAGGAACGGAAACGUUAACGGACGAGGUGUGCGAGGUGGAGUUGGCGUCAAAGAAGUCGGAGGAAGAGGAUUUUCCACCGUUAGCGCCUUACAGAGACUGGCGCUUGGGUUCUGCUGAAGACCACCAUAGACCAGAGCUGGAUUUACAGUUAGCGGCUUACGUGGCUAAUGCAACUAGCAAUGCUCGGCCCAAAAUGGCCGCCUCUGAUCACAAAAUGGCCCUCUCUCGGCACUCUGGUCCUACUGAAGACCACCACCAUAGGCCAGAGCUGGAUUUACAGGUAGCAGCUUACGCGGCGGCUAGUGCAACCAGCGACGCUCAUCCCGAAAUGGACGCCUCUCUGCACAAAAUGGCCGCCGACGCUUCCCAUCUAGAAGCACUACCAAUCCAAACAUUGUCUGAAACAGUGCUGACCACCGACAACCACUGUAGUCGAACCUCCGCGGAGACUCAUGCUAGCAAUAAUAACCACAUGCUCUGUGACGUUACACUACUGCCAACGCAGCAAAUUCAGAAACACAGGUCCUCGACGGUAACUACAGCAGUAUCCAUGGACUCCGACUCAGAAGGAUCCUCUCAAAGAGACGAUGUAUUUAGAGACUCCAGUACUAAGGGUUUAUAUCUCGCUAGCACCAGUUUGACUUCUAAAGAUAAGUUGACACACUCUUCUGAGCUGAGUGAAUUGCAUGACCAUUCAGCAACAGUACAACACCAACACAACCAUGACCAAACUCCACACUCCAACAUGGAUUCCAUUUGUAGUUCCCAAAAUGUGGAUUCCAUUUGUAGUUCCCGAAAUGUGGAUUCCAUUUGUAGUUCCCAAAAUGUGGAUUCCAUUUGUAGUUCCCGAAAUGUGGAUUCCAUUUGUAGUUCUCGAAACGUGGACUCUGUUUGUAGUUCCCAAAACCUCUACCUGGAGCCCAAACCUUUCUCAGACGGCAUCUGGAAGAACCUCAACUCCCAGAGUCCUGCGGUGCUCAUCGAGAGCCUCCACCACCCGGAGCUCCCCGCCGACUAUACCCACGAUGCACUACCUUACACCAUGUGGACCGAGCCGCAGUGCAAAGAGGUCACGGACCUCGAUCACGAAACUGAGACGGACGACCAGGACCCAGAGGGACAUGGGGACGGGCCUCUCACCUGGGCCCAGCUGGAGUCCACCUCUCUGGGGUCGGCCGGUGUCGGGGAGCCCCUGGGCCUCUGUGGAGACUUUGAGCUCCAGAGAGGGGAGGUGGAGGCAGCGGAAGCCCUGGCUCUGUGCAGGGAACUGGGGGUGGAGAGGGAGGCCGAGGGGGCUCUAGAACCUGACCCUCCCGAAUCGCCCUUGGAGGAGAGACCGGGGGAAGGGGAGGUGUCCGAUAUGGAAGAGGGAGAUUCGGAGGAUGAGGGGCAGAGCAGCACGAGGGAGGAGAGUAGUAGUGAGUCAUCGGAAGGAGAGGCUGAAGAAGAGGAAGAAGGGGAGGAAGACUAUGAUAAUGAUUUGAGAGACUUUGAGUGUGGCGACUCGGGGCUGGAACCUGGAGAGGUUUGCACUUACCCUGCUGCUCCGCUGGCGAAGAGAACCAGUAAGAGCUGGCGUCGCCCUCUGAGGAAGCCCACCGCCCGGGCCGUGCCCUCCACUGUCAAACAACAGGCUGUCAGCGACGACGAACCCCCGGAGGCGUCUUUGAUGGAGGGGGAGGAGCAAGAGGCUGAGCCAUGGGCUAAGCCCCUCCUCUUCCUGUGGCAGAACAGGAAGUGUUACUUCACGGCGGAGAGAGAGUACAACGCUAACGCAGCCAAGAUGUUGCCGAACUGCGCUGUCUGCACACUGUUCAUGCCCUACUACCAGCCUGAGGACAGAGCUGACCGCCUCAAGCCCGUCCCCUCCUCCCCUCUCCCCUCCUCCCCUCCCCCGUCUCCCACCACCUCCAGGACUAGAGGAGGACCAGGGGGUCUGAGGAGGAGCAAGCCCCUGCUACCAGAGAUCUGUUUCAGCUACAGGGAGCAGACGUGCCCCCCUACCCCCACCAACGCCCUGCUGCAGGAGGACGGCACCAGCCCGCUGAUCACCUGUCAGGGGUGCUGUCUACAGGUUCACGCUAGUUGCUAUGGCGUUGCCGCCGAUGAUGUCAGCGAGGACUGGUCGUGUGACCGCUGUGCGGACGGAACCUUGACGGCUGAGUGUUGUCUGUGUAAUCUGAGAGGAGGAGCUCUGAAGAAAACUACAGAUGACAAGCAAGGACAAUUUAUUAAUGGCCCGUGGGCCCACGUGAUGUGUGCAGUAGCUCUGUCAGAGGUCUGGUUCAGGGAUGAAGUCAGGAGGAGUCCCAUUGAUAUCAGCAGGAUACCCAUGCAGAGAUACAAACUGAAGUGUAUCUACUGCCGUAAGCGGUGUGUGAGGCGUGGCCAGGGUGGGGGAGGGGCAUGUAUCCAGUGUUCGUGCGGUCGAUGCCCCACCUCCUUCCACGUUACCUGUGCCCACGCCGCCGGGGUCACCAUGGAGCCGGACGAGUGGCCUUACGUGGUGUCAAUCACCUGCCACAGGCACCAAUCACGGAGCUCGUCUGCUGUGAGUACUCAGAGCGGCUCGGCUUCGGUCCCUCCCACCACACAGCGUGCAGCGUUUCAGAAGGACAUCGUCCUGGGUCAGACCGUCAUCUCCAAACACAAGAACCUGCGGUACUACAGUUCAAAGGUCACCCAGGUGACCUCCCAGACCUUCUAUGAGGUCAUGUUUGAUGACGGAUCCUUCAGCAACGACACCUACCCAGAGGACAUAGUGAGCCGGGACUGUGCCUGUCUCGGUCCUCCAGAAGUAGGGGAGGCUGUCCAGGUGAAGUGGCCUGAUGGACUCUUCUAUGGAGCCAAAUACCAGGGAUCCAACACCUCGCAUAUGUACCAGGUGGAGUUUGAGGAUGGUUCCCAAGUGGUAGCUAAGCGAGAGGAUGUCUAUACUCUGGAUGAAGACCUUCCCAAAAAGGUGAAAGGGCGACUCUCGACGGCAUCCAGCAUGCGUUUCCAGGACGCCUUCUUCACGACCCAGGGAGAGAGGAAGAGACAGAGAACGCCCAACUCCCGUUUCCAGAAAGACUAUGUGGCCCUCCCAGGCCUCCUUACCGCCAGCCAGAGCACAUGGGAACCCCGCAGCCCUAAAGGGAAAUGAUAGAGGGGUGGAGAGGUGGAUGGAGUGAUGACAAAAUGAAUGCACUGAUGUAUGUGUGCGUGGGUGUAGCUGUGGGAUGUGAAGGUGUGUGUGUGUGUGUGUGUGUCGGGGGGGGGGUAGGAAAGAGGGCUGGGCAGAGGACAAUUUUGAUUGGACUGUAUUGUCCUGAAGAAAGGUUAUCAUGUGUUGUGGUGGUUACCCAGUGCUUUCUCAUAAGUCAGGGACUUCACAACAACAAAUAUUUGUCACCUGAGUUGCGUUUCUUUUUAUAUAAUAAAAAGACAAACACGUUUUCUUUGUAUAUUUACAAAAACAAACGGAGCUUCUUUUUUUUUCCUUCUUUCUAAACAACCGACAAUACAGUAACGUUUUGGAAUCUGUUGUGUCUACAUGAGGAUUUGGAAUCUGUUGUGUCUACAUGAGGAUUUGGAAUCUGUUGUGUCUACAUGAGGAUUUGGAAUCUGUUGUGUCUACAUGAGGAUUUGGAAUCUGUUGUGUCUACAUGAGGAUUUGGAAUCUGUUGUGUCUACAUGAGGAUUUGGAAUCUGUUGUGUCUACAUGAGGAUUUGGAAUCUGUUGUGUCUACAUGAGGAUUUGGAAUCUGUUGUGUCUACAUGAGGAUUUGGAAUCUGUUGUGUCUACAUGAGGAUUUGGAAUCUGUUGUGUCUACAUGAGGAUUUGGAAUCUGUUGUGUCUACAUGAGGAUUUGGAAUCUGUUGUGUCUACAUGAGGAUUUGGAAUCUGUUGUGUCUACAUGAGGAUUUGGAAUCUGUUGUGUCUACAUGAGGAUUUGGAAUCUGUUGUGUCUACAUGAGGAUUUGGAAUCUGUUGUGUCUACAUGAGGAUUUGGAAUCUGUUGUGUCUACAUGAGGAUUUGGAAUCUGAUGUGUCUACAUGAGGAUUUGGAAUCUGAUGUGUCUACAUGAGGAUUUGUUUUUAAUAUGAAUGCAUCCCCAGUCCCAGCCUGUGUCCCAAAUGGCUCCCUAUAUACUGGGCCCUGGUUAAACGUAGUGCACUUCUAUAAGGGAAUAGGGUGCUAUUUGGGAGGCUGUCCCAGUGUUUUCCCUCUCCGCAUGUCAGCUGUCGUCUGCUACUUCUUCUCCUCGGCCGCGUCUCCCAUACUCUCAGAGCGUCUUCCUCUCCUCAUUUCCUUGUAUACUCGUCUCCUUUCCUUGUAUCCUCCAUUUCACACUGACCCCGAAAGACCUGGACAGGUGUAGGCGAACACACGAAAGACAUCGCCAGAUCAGUGCAGAUUAAGUCGAGGAGUUGAGGAAAAAGGAGACGAGAAGAGGAAGCAACCAGAGUUGCUACUGUCGCUGUGUUGAAUAAAAACACGGUGAUCUAAUUAUUUAAUUUAAUAUUUGUAUUUAUUUUGGGGGCUUUCAAAAAGGCAUUGCUAACUGCUGUAAGGAAAACAAUAAAAAACUUCCAUGUC